AUGGAACUCAAGUCCGUCCUUGCUGGUCUCUUGGCCGCCGCCCCGGCCGUCCUGGCGCACCCUGGUCACGAGCGGGUUCCCUCGCACGCCGCCCGCCCUCUCUUGGGACGCAACCUCGACCAUUGCGCCGGCAAGUUCCAAGAGCCCGCUUUCGCGAAGCGAUUCACUGAGAAGCAUGGCGAGGAGUUCCUCAGGCUCCGCCGAUCGAUCGGCAUGGAGCCCGCAGACAGCCCCUCGAUCCAUAAGCGAGACUACCUCUCUGUUUCUCAGAUCGACCACAAGUCGGACAAGACGGUGACAUUCGAUAUGGCCCCCAGCGCCCUCUUCGAGGAUGCCGGUGCCUGUAUCCUCAUGCCUUCUGUCGACCAGGGCCCUCUUUAUGUCCUUGGUGAGGAGGUCCGCAAGGAUAUCACCAACGGCGAGACCGGUCUCAAGAUGACCUUGGCCAUCCAGGUUGUCGAUGUCGGCACCUGCGAGCCCGUACCCAACGCGUACAUGGAUAUCUGGAGCUCCAACGCUACCGGUAUCUACGUCGGUGUCCAGGGCUACCCCGGAAUGGGUGACCCGAACGAUGCCUCCAUCUUGAAGGGAACCACCCUCCGUGGCCUUCAGCCCACCGAUUCCGAUGGUAUCGCUACCUUCGAUACCCUCAUGCCCGGCCACUACGAUGGUCGUGCUACCCACAUCCACUCCAUCGUCUACCUCGAUGCCAAGCUCGAGGCGAACAACACCAUCACCGGCGGCCGUGCGGCGCACGUCGGACAAAUCUACUUCGACCAGGGCCUCAUCACCGACGUCGAUACCCUCCAGCCCUACCAGCAGAACACCAUGACCAUCCUCCCCAACGUGCGCGACGCUCUCUUCAUGAUGGGCGCCAACGGCGAUGACCCCAUCGUCCGCUACGCCCUCGUCGGCGACAAGGUUGAGGACGGUCUCUACGCCUGGAUCCGCUUCGGUGUCAACAUGCAGAACAACCUCAGGGUCAACCCCGCCGCGUUCUGGACCGCUGACGGUGGUGUCAUGAACCCCACCGGCCCCGUUGCCCUGCUUACCGGCGGAGGCGGUGGCUUCGGCGGUGGCUUCCCGGCUUCCCCGGCUUCGGUGGUGGCCGUCGUCUCCUCAGGAGAAUCCUCGGUCGCGGAGAGUAAGCGGCGCGCGCCUUUGAGCCGAGGAAGGGGAAAGAGGGCACGGAUCUAA